CCAUGACAAGAAAGAAGUUGGUGAGAACUUAGGAAUCACAAAAAUAAACAUGGUCAAGGUUAGUUAACAUAGUCGUGUGACUAGAGAAAAGUCAGAUUUUGAUCUACUUUCUUUGACUUUGACUACACAUCAUACAUUUCACUUGGGCUCAUCAAGUGUUUCAGAUCUUUUAAAAUUGUACACCCUCCAGUUUAGGUUGCUCCUCAUCUUGUGCCCAAGCUGAACCAGAGGCAUCUUGAGGUUCCUUCAGCAACCUCUCAAUUUUGAUGGCUCUCUUUGUUGCCACCUGAUGCCCAGCAUCAUGAAUGCUCUGCGGAGCCAGUGGCCAGCAAAGCCUCUAUAUUCCACUUCUACUGGUAUAAAGUCCUCCAUCCCGGCCUCAGCUCCUGAUAUUCUGCCCUCUUUCUCUAAUGGUUCUCCAUGAUCUAAACCUCCUAGGGCACAGCCACCUCAACCAUGAACUUGAUUUGAAGCUUCUUACAGUAGGACCACGUCAGACUCCAGUGAUAUUGUUGUCAUCAUGUUAAGGAGCAGCUGCCAGUCGCUAUAAUGAGGAAUAUGGACACCCUGAACAGUGGUUGGGGUUGCUUACCUGCUCUCAUGUAUGCAAUAUGCUUCCUAAAACAUGGAAGGUGCUUUCUGCUGUUGAUGGCUGAUGCAACUUGCUAUGCCUCUGGCUUCCGAAACUGGGUUAUAGCGCCAAGACCUUUUGGCAGCUACUUGGGUUGUACUCCAAAUUUCCUCAACAAUGGAAGAGGGGAGACAUUGCAUUUGCCUGAGGCGUGUAGGAUGGAUGAAUUGGAAGAGACUGGAUUUUGAACGUUGCGCUGGAUGUUGGCAUUGUGUACUUUAUUGAUGCCUGCCUUAACAUGGUCUUGUCAUAAUUUAGGACAUCUUCCCCAUAGGAACUCUUAUGCCUGCAGCCAAAACUGUGGAGUCACUGAAGUACCAAAAGGGCAAAGCAUUGUUUGGGAGCCCAUGAACACUUCAAAUGCUGAGUAGAGAACGAAGAUAUGGAGGUUUUUUUUGUUUUUUUUUUAAAAUUUGGUUGCUAGCCUGUGGCUAACACCCUGGGUUCUUCGCUAACUGAACAGAGUAACAUCAACAAUCUAUAACUCCAGAUCCUUCAGCCACAAUAGAUUAAUUCUAUUUAUUUAAGGGAGAUAAUUUAAUAAUUUAAGGGAUUCAUUUAGUCAUUUUACGGCUUGAAUUAUUGAUUUGUGUGUACAGACUUGUAAACUGUUCCCACAAAUAAUCAACAGUUUUGGGAGCCGCUCAGAUGGAGCCUCUAUUGUGCACACAAAUACUUUUUGAACUGUUUAUUUCAUGGUGCACAUUUGUUGCAAUGCAACUUUUUUCAUACAAAUCGAGCAGUAAAGCCACUGUGAGAGCUUUACGGUGCUGGUGAUCCAUGUAUCUGUGUUUUGACUUUUAAUUAGACAGGGGAGGCUUAAUGCUAAAUUACUGCAACUUCAUCAUCAUUGUCAUGCAGCCUAACCUGAUCCAGCACCAUGGAUGGACGGAUGGAAGCAGCAUAGCUGGUGUUUUCCAUUUUCAGACGUAACAUCUGAACAGCCCCUUAGCCUUCAUAGUUCACACCUGCUGUGCUCCAGAAUGACUGACUUGUCAUGAAGCACUUUUUUAACACUGGUUUUGAGUUUUUCAGUGCAUUAAAAACUAAGGUUUUCUAUACUUAGUUCCUGGUUUGACUGUGUGGUGUGGCUGCUCUCUGGGAUUUUCAGUCCGUCACACUGACAGCGUGACGAGGUUUAGAACUUUGUCUUCAGCCAAUGGCAGCGUCAGACGGAGUGUAUUAAAAUGCUGAGUCAGCGGUUCAGCAGGGGCAGGUGGAUGGAGGCGAAUCAGCAGCUGACAUCAUCAAACAGCAGAUGGGGUGCAUUUACAGACAAACUCCCAAACAGCAACAAGUAAAACCUUCAGAUUUAUUUUCUACAGAGCUGAACCACCAGCAGCUCAUCAGGGUUAACUCUAUAGAACAAGUGAAACAGCUAGACAGCAGGGGGAAUUAUUUCCCCUCAGAUUAAUUUCAGAUAUUUUCCAGAGUAAUGUUGUUGUAUCCUAUGUUGCUGGAGCCUACCGUGCUCUUUUAUUUCUGACAUCUCUGUAAAAGUCCUAAAACAGGGGAACUUGAACUGGGAACAAGUGUAAUUAUUUUGCUCCACUGGCUAAAUCUUUUGAUUGCUUUCAGUGUGUUUUCAGUUUUCUCUUCGAUGUAAAGCCAAACACCUUAAAGGGAGAUGAGCCAGCUCCACUCUUUAUGAGGCUGGUGGAACUAAAACGGUGGACCAGGAGGUUUUAAGAGGAGAGGAGGAUGGAGAACGUCUCCUCGCACAAAUAUUUCAUCCUUGACGGCUUCAAUAAACUCGGAGUGCUGAGGCCCGUCCUCUUCAUCCCGUUCUUCAUCAUGUUCAUUGUGUCGCUGUCGGCCAACUCCCUGCUGCUGUAUGUCAUUGUUUCCCAGAGAAGCCUCCACUCACCGAUGUACAUCCUCAUCGCUGGCAUGGCCUGUGUUGACCUGAGCCUCCCGGUGUUCUUCGUCCCCAACAUGCUGCUGAGCUUCUUGUUUGACUGGAGGGGAAUCUCUUUGAGCGGCUGCCUGGUUCAAAUGUAUUUUCUUCACCUGUUCGGAGCUUUUCAGUCUACUCUGCUGCUGUGGAUGGCGCUAGACCGCUACUUUGCCAUCUGCACGCCACUCUACUAUCAGGAAAGCAUGGCGUUACCCAGAUUCCUCAAGUUUGUAAUCCCACUUAUGAUCAGAAAUGUGUUCUUGGUCUCGCUGGUAGUGGGUCUUGCAGGAUCAUUAUCUUUCUGCUUUAGAAAUGUGCUUGACCACUGUUUCUGUGAGCACAUGGCCUUGGUGGAGCUGGCCUGUGGAAGCACUGCUGUCAACAACCUGAUGGGGCUGAUUUCAGUGUUCCUCAUCCCUGUCGUGGACUUCAUCAUUAUCACUGCCUCUUACAUUGUCAUAUUCAGCUCUGUGCUGAGUUCUGGCAAAUCAGGUGUCAAAGCGCUUCACACCUGCGUCACCCACAUCGUGGUCAUGACUGUCAGCCUGAUCAUCAUACUCACAGCUUUCCUGUCGUAUCGGAUCAGAAACGGUCUCCCUUCAGCUGUUCGGGUUUUCUUUAGCAUCAUGUACCUGUUCUUUCCGAGCUGUUUCAACCCGAUCAUCUACGGCAUCAGAACCGCUGAGAUACGACAGCACAUCCUGAAGACACUGACGUGUUGUCGCUUUGUCCAAACUGUGAAUUACUCUUAGAAAACAAUUUGUACCAUUUCUAGGAUGUAAAAUGUCUUUAUCCUGUAGAAGUCCUCUUUGCAGUAGGAAAAGUUAGGAAUGACAAAGAGUCAAAACUGGUCUCAAGAAUCUGGAUUUAGUGCCAUCUAGUGUUGAAGUUUCAGAUUGCAGUCAACCGGACAUGUAAAAUGUCUAAGGCCCUAUCUAGGGGUCAGUGUUUGGUUUGUCCAUUCUGGGCUACUGUAGAAACAUGGUGGUUCAACAUAGGGGACUCAUCUUAAGGUAACGAAAACACAACAAUUCCCAUUUUGAGGUGAUUAUACACUAAUUAAAAUAUACCCAUGAAUAUUAUAUUCCAUUUCUGACAAUAGAUCUUCCUCAGUGUUACACACUGAACCCUGAGUCAGCGUUAUAAGAUUAGAUAAAAGGCAUAAAGUGAAUAAAAGAGUCAGAAUCAAAAUUAUAAAUUGUAAUUCAUACAUUUGACUACAUACAUGCUGAUAUGGAUACAACUAUUGUAUAAUACUGUAUCCACCCAGCUGGCUGCUAGAUUCUAACCCAUGACCUUUGCAUUGAGAGGCCACUGUGCUAACAGUUUGUACAUGCAUUUAAAUAUGUAUGCUGGCUUCAAGAUUUAGAUUUAAAUUAAGAAGCUGAUGUAAUGAAUGUGAUUACUUUUGAAUACUUUAUAUUUAAAUCCUUCCUGAAAGAAUAUAUAUUUCCUUGACCGAUGUGUUAAAAACCCCUCAGAUUUUAUUUUCAAAUAUUUUGUAAAGCAAACAGAAAUUGAUGUUUUGAAUCUCCCUGUGGGCUUUAUUCAUAUUGUAUCAUAAAGUAAUGUAAAGCCAUAUUUCCAUACCACAUAUAAGGCAUGCACAUAUAAAUGUUAUGUUCGGGGGCUUUUGCGGUAAGAACUGGUGUCUAAACUUUAUUAAGUGUUUUAACAACUUCUGCUGAUUCCAUCUUUCUAUAGGACACUUUUUUUCAGUUCUCUGACGGAGGUUGGCAUUUCAGGACUCUGGCUCUGGAGGGAGGUUAGAGGUUUGCCUGUUGUGUUUGUGGCAUCUGGCAUCCAGGUCAUCGUGUUUGCCACAUCUGCCGUGGUGGGUGAGUGUUGUAAUUAGGCUAAGCUGUAGCCAUAGCCGUACUACUCUGAGUCAGUCAGAUUAGUGCGGGAGAAAUGAUGUGUGAGACUGCCAAGCAUUACGGUAUUACCACUUUGAGUUCUCUUGCUUAAUGAACUAAAAGUGGUUCUUUGGUCAGUGAAGGAGUUUUCCUCUUGGCAUCUGAAGAAUCCCGUGGUUUGAUGGCUGCAGGAUCCUCGGCCGAGGGCUCCAGGUGUUACUUCAGGUGCAAAGGGUGGGAGUAGUAGGCUUGAGUUUAGAUAGCUGCGUUUAGCUCGUCUUCAGUUGGAGAGAGUGGAGCAAGAGUGAGAGUUUCAGGGAGUUGGAUUUGGCUCUCUGGUUCCUGUUUGCAACCUUCCUCCUCUUUGAAAGAAGGCGUGUUCGUCCAUAUCUUUAUUGUUUCAGUAUAUUCAAGUUAAUGUUCAUUUGUAGUUUGUACUUAUUUUACUUUUGGUUUUACUUUGUUAAUUAAGUCCUUAUUUGUGGUUACACUGUUCUCUCUUUUCCCCCAGGUUUCUUUUGCAUAUUUGUGCUUGUUGUCUCAACAAAUAAAGACUUUAUGAACUAAGAAAAAUGA